AGCGGCUGGGGGGGCGUGACCAGGCUGGGUGCGCGGGCGCGCGUGAGCGCAGCCCCACGUGCCGUCCCAGUCCGCCUGGCCCUCCGCCUGCCCCGAUGCCGGGUCCGGCCUGGCCAUGAGCGCGAGCUCAGUGCGGGCGCGCUACCUCGUGUACUUCCAGUACUUGGGCACGGACUUUAACGGGGUCGCGGCAGUCAGGGGCGCCCAGCACGCCAUCGGAGUCCAGAACUACCUGGAGGAGGCCGCAGAGCGGCUGAACUCGGUGGUGCCGGUAAAGUUCACUAUCUCCAGCCGCACGGAUGCUGGGGUCCAUGCCCUGAGCAACGCGGCGCACCUGGACGUCCAGCGCCGCUCAGGCCGGCCCCCCUUCUCCCCUGAAGUCCUGACGCAAGCCCUCAACACCCACCUGAGGCACCCGGCCAUCCGGGUACUGCAGGCCUUCCGUGUGCCCAGCCACUUCCAUGCCCGCCACGCAGCCACGUCCAGGACCUACCUGUACCGCCUGGUUACCGGCUGCCGCAGGCCUGACCAGCUGCCCGUGUUUGAACGAAACCGGUGCUGGGCGCUUCGGGCUGACUGCUUAGACGUGGCUGCCAUGCGGGAGGCCGCCCAGCACCUCCUGGGGACACAUGAUUUCAGGGCCUUCCAGUCGGCUGGCAGCCCGGCCACCAGCCCGGUGCGCACCCUGCGCCGAGCCUCCGUGUCCCCCGACCCUGCCAGCAGCCCAUUUGUCCUCCCCGAGGAGAGCAGGCGGUUGCGGUUCUGGAGCCUGGAGUUUGAGAGCCAGUCCUUCCUAUACAGACAGGUGCGGAGAAUGACAUCUGUGCUGGUGGCCGUGGGGCUGGGGGCUUUGAUGCCUGCUCAGGUGAAGGUGAUUCUGGAGAGCCAGGACCCCCUGGGCAGGCACCAGAGCCGUGUGGCUCCCGCCCACGGCUUGUUCCUGAAGGCGGUGCUCUACGAGGGCUUCGGUAAGAGGUGGUGGUGUGGAGAGGUCCCUGCUUGUCCCCCGUUGACUGACAGCCCCCUCCCAAGGCUGAGUCCUUGCCGCGGGAGAGGCUCUCAGUGGCAGUGCUGUCCCAGCAGCUGGGACUCCAGCCUGUGGCCAAGAGGAAAGCCAGAGCCCAGCAGCCCAAGCCCCAGCCUAGCCCUGUGGGGAGGGAGGCUGAGAAGGCGUUCCAGAAGGCAGCAGAGGGUAGAGAGGGGCUUGAACUCUGGGGCGAAGGCAGGGGGCUCUGCAGUCCUGCUGAAGGCUCUGGCCUGGCCCCUGCAGAGACUGUCAUGCCCCCAGGAUGACCUGGGGUCUGUUCACAGGUCCCGCCUCUAUGUGCCCUCAGAGUCCACAGCACGGAGGUCACAGGUGACCCCUGAUACGCAGCAAGGUCAGGGCAGCCGUGGCACGCUAGGCCCAGCUGCUGGACGCUGCCCAGCUCUGUACACCACCGUGCAUCACACAGGGACCACGGCAGGCCCCACGCCUCCUGUCAGCCUGGACCUGCCACAAGUCCCCGCCUGCCCGGGUGGGCUGCCAGAGGUGGGGUGCAGGAGACAAGCGCAAGCACCGGAAAGCGAGACACCCAAACAGCCUGUGGUGGUUUUUACUGUAAAUCAACACCCCAGGAGCACCCCCCCCUUCUCCUGGGAGCCCAGGAGCAGAAAUAAAAGGUGAAAAGCCCCCCAGGUCCAUUUCUUUCUUCGGCCAAAAGCAGCCACUGGGGCAGGUGCGUGGCACUGUGGUCUCUGCACAGAUGAGGGUCGUAGCCAGCUGUGGGCUCCACACCCGAGGACACAGGGAAGACCCAGGGUGCACACGGUCCUGGCAGCGGGGCCUCAGCUGGCCUGGGGCAGGCCCUUCUUGAGCAGAGACGUGAGAUAGCUUCCCAGCUCCUCGUCCUGCAGCCACAGG